AUGGCGUCCGUCUCCUUCCACGCCGCGUCCGACGUCUCGACGAUGUACCCCGCGGACGCCGUCUUCUACGUCGUCACGAUCGUCGCGUUGCUCACCGCGCAGCAGAUGUUCGACGCGUACCUGCCGUUGCUGUCGAUGGCGCACUGGCGGUCGCUCGCGGUGGGGAGAGGCGAGGAGGAUCCGGGUGGGGGGAAGUAUCCGCUCACCGCGUGUUUCAUGAAGAAGGAAGACGCGAAGAACAAAAUCGCGAAGAAGAAGCGCGGCGGCGGCGGCGGGCGCGACGGCGACGACGACGGCGCGAACGGCGGGUCGAAGUACGAGGUCGGAGAAAGUGAAAGUGUCGGAAAAUAUCCGACACUUCAACUCGCGGGGUCUUCCUCCGACGACGCCGAGCAAAAGGGCGGCGAGGGGUCGUCGCGCGCGAUCUUCUUCGACUCGAAUUCGAUCGACGCGAAGGUGGAGGCGACGCGGCAGUCCGUCGCGUCGGAGCUCGCGUUCGUCACCAUCUCGCUCGGGUUCGUGUCGCUGCUCUUCGUGAUCGUCGUCCAGGCCGCGUGCGUGAUCGCCGUGAGCGAUCAGACGUGGGCGCUGCGCGCGUGCGUAGUGUUCGCCGGCGCGUGGGCCUUCGCGUUGUCUUUUCUCGGCGCGCGGUCGCUGCGCCCGCGGCCGGCGGCGCCGUUUGUGAUUUCCCCCGGGACGUCGAAAGCGCACGCGUUUUCGACGUUAGGGUUCCGACGGACGCGGCUCAGCGUGCAGAUGAUCGUGGAGCAUCACCCGCAGCUCGUGCGGCUCCUAUUGGGACACACGCUGAGCGUCAUCACGAACGCGACGGUUAUCGCCAAUUACGUCGUCUUCGUGCAGAGGGAGUUGAACGCCACGGCGACGGACGUGAUCAUCGUGCUCUUCGUCGUCACGGUCACGUCGAUCGUGUCCACGACGACCGCGGUGCCGAUCGUGCGGAAGCUGCGGCCGAGCCCGAUGAAGUGGACGUUGUUCGGGUUGAAAGCGCUCACGCCGAUCUGGCCGCUGUGGCUGUUCAUCGGCAUGAAGAGCCGGUGGGAAAUUUUCGCGCUGCCCGCCGUAGCGGGUCUCGUCAAUCCGUGCAUCUUACCGAUGCUCCGCGGGAUAUUCCAGCAGUGCAUCCCGCACGGGUACGAGGCGGCGUUCUUCUCCCUCGUCGGCGUGUGCACGGUGGGGUUCGCGUGGGUCGGGAGCGUCGUCUUCGCCGGCGUGUGGUCCGCGACGGGGAGUCCGCGAUGGGGCAUGCUCGCCGUCACGAGCUUCGUCGCGGUCGGGUUGGUGUUCGUGGCCGCGUUCGAUUUCGACGCCGCGCAGGAGAGGAGGAGGGAGAUCGAGGACGAGUGCGACGCGUUCGCGGGGGGGGCGUUCGACUCGCUCAGGAGCGAAGCGUCGAAGCGGGGGAGGAGGAGGAGGAACGGAGGGGGGUCGACCUCGCGCGCGAGGCUUUGGCACCCUAACCUGUGAUUAAUAACGUAUUGCGUCAUCGCGUCACUCACGACGACGCAUCGCCGCUCGCGUCCUCCGUCGGCGCGGCGGGGGGGUCUAUCGACGCCGCGGGUUCCUCCUCGAGCGGCGCCGCGGUCUCCUCGUCUCCGGCGGUCGCGUCGACGUCGUCGGCGGUCGCGUCGACGGCUCCGGCGGUCGCGUCGACGUCGUCGUCGUCGGCGGCCUCCGCAACCGCUUUGAAGCCGUCCUCCUCCUCGAUGUUCAGAUCGUUCAACCCGAACAACGCCCCGCGUCUCGGCGCGUUCUUCAUCGACCGCGGGUCGAACGGGUCGGUCAGAUCCUGCGGCAACCGCGGCAGCUUCGCGCACUCGUAUCCGAACUCAGGGUCGCGCGGGUCGCACGGCUCGGGAACCACCUCCGCGCCCAAGAUGCGGUUGAUUCGGUAGUCCCUCCUGUAGAAGUCGUCGAGCCGCUGCUUAUCGUACGUCGCCUUGUUCUCCGCCGUGCGCUCGCGGAGUCUCUGCACGAGCGGCGACGCGUCCGGGUCCACGCCGGAGUACGUCGGUCCCGCGGCGUGCGCCGCGGGAGACGUCGCGAGAAGGACGCAC